AGGAGUCGGUUCGACUACUCAUUUUCCAAGUGAUAUUUCAAAUAGAAAUUUUGGUGUUGAAAGUUAUAUACAACCGCUGCAUAACAUAGUAUCUCAGUCUCCGGUGAUGUCAUGCAUCCCUCACGACUACAGCACACAACUCCGCCUUCCGGUGUUGGCACAAGCGCAAGAAGCUUUGCGAAUGACUACUACAUGUUGGAUGUCGGUCCGCCUGCUCAAAUUUCAGGUGGAAUUCCGGAUAGAAAUUCUAUGUCUGGAAAUCCUGUGCCAUUGCGGCUGAACACAGCAUCACAGCCGUUCAACGGCACUCUAUACGGUGGCAUGGCCAUUGCUCCGAGAUACGAAGGUGACGUUAGACAUGCCUUAGAAUCGCACACCGCAGAACCAUUCGGGUCCACAGGCUUCUAUAAUCCAGUUUACCGUGAUCCAGAUUAUUCCCAUUAUGCCAUAACACCCCCUCACCCUCCAUCGCCGCCAUCAUCGUCGAUUUCAGCAUCCAGGACGGAGACACUUCAUUCUAGUGCACAUCAGCCGACUCCCUCCACGAGCCGCACUGUCCAAGUGCCGUCAUUUCAUGGGCACGGUUCCCAGCAGUUGGCUUCUCCUCUGGUUUUCAACAUCGAUGGCUGUUUAAUUGAUGAGGAUGACCUUGCGGACCAGGAAACCAACAACGGCAACAUAAUCGUUGGCGAAUGUCUUCGCAAUGACUCGCCAUGCCGCCUUUGGGUGAAAGCCGACAAGGGUUCAAUCAAACGCCAUGCGCUGAAAUGGCAUGGGGUUGUUCGUGGAGGCGACACCGACAUAGUCUGGUGUACAUGGGCUGGGUGCCACGCCCCGAUGCAAAAGAGCGCCGUGCCACGGCACACUCUGUGCAAACACUUUGGCGAAACAUUUCAGUGUAACGGCGCUUAUGGAUACAGUGUAUCAUAUAACCCUACUACUACCCGUGCUAUUGAUGUGAAGGAUAUGUCCCUAAGACAGGUUGUCGUGAUUCUCCUUCCACUUGCUCAUGUUGCCCAUCGAACAUCGUGCUUGGAGCGGCCCUUUGAAAUAUACCGCUCCUGCGUGCGGGUAUAUCCUGUAGCUACCAACAAUUGCUAUUGAUUCUUACCUGCUCAAUGAUCAUCAUAUUUAUGUCUUCAUUUAGCCCUGCGAUACCCCCUAGAAGUAGAAGUCAUGGAGGUAACUUUGUGUUCGACACAUGCUUUGGUGUUACUGUAUUGAAUCAUCUUACGAUGUAUAAAUCUGCCUUGGGAGCUGUAUUGUAGUCAACUUCAAAUCUGGAGUUUGUAUGUGCACAAGCGUUCCAACACGAUUCUCAAUUGCAAGCCUGUCGCAAUCAAGGGAUAGGUAUGGCUAUAUCAGCUUUCCCGAGCCAUGUGAUUGUCAUUACAAAUGCAUGCGAACCCAUCUCAAUUAA